AUGCCGCGCUUCUCGUGGGACUGCGGCAACGAACGGGAUGCGUGGUUUCUAACAACGACCGGCCAGCUAGCCAAGGCCGUAUGCAUGAAGCCACACCUGCAGUUGGUAGGAGCCCGUGUCGUCGAAAGCCUUCCGGCCGCUGAGUACCAUGGCCUGUCCGUCCCGCAGGAAUUCGGCCUGUUUGUCUUAAAAGUUGGACAGAAUCCGUUUGCGACGGACAUCCGCGCCAAGAUGGUAUGCCUGAAGAAAGAGAGCGCGUGGAUCACGCCCACGCGGUUUAAGAUGCCAUCUCCACCGUUCGUACCGUUCGGCCAUCCACUGCCAUCCACUGCCUCCUGGCGAGACGCCUCUCUUGGUCUCUUACGCUUGUGGGCCACAAACCGAGGGUCUAGCCGCAUCACCGCACCACCGGACUGA